AUGGCAGCCACUAUCCUUGGCAACUAUGGCCCCUCGGCUAUCGUCAGCUACAUCUACCAAUGGAUCCAGAUCAUCAUCGCCUACCUCUUUGCACCCAAGCUGCCUGAACAGCAGGUCAAGCAAAAACCACUCGGUCAUGUCGCAGUCAUUGGAGCUGGAAUCACCGGUAUCAGCACCGCUUCGCAUCUUAUCGGGCAUGGCUUUGAGGUGACUAUCUUCGAUCAGGCUGAAGAGGUUGGUGGUAUUUGGUCCCGAGUCAACUCGACUUCGGGUCUUCAAAUCAGCUCUAUCAUGUACCGUUUCCAUCCAGCUGUCAAGUGGACAAGAAGCUACCCGCAUCGAGAUGAGAUCCUGAAGAACACGCAAAAGAUCUGGAAGAUGUACGAGCUCGACAAGCGCACUCGCCUUGGAUUCAAGGUCGAAAAGGUGACCCGACACUCCUCUUCCACCGACCCAAAGGAGCAGGGACAUGCACGAUGGCUUAUUAACGGCAACGAAGAGCAAGUCUUUGACGGUCUAGUUGUUACCACUGGUACUUGCGGUAAGCCGAAGAAGAUGGAUCUUCCUGGUGAAGAAAAGUUCAAGGGAAAGAUUGUUCACUCUUCUCAACUCGACGGACUGGAUUGCAAGGGCAAGAAAGUGCUUAUCGUCGGUGGAGGAGCGAGUGGUAUUGAGGCCCUCGAGCUUGCUGUUGCACAGGGAGCCGACCGACCGACCAUCCUUGCUAGGAGCGACAAAUGGAUCAUUCCACGCAACACGAUCGUCAACUGCGCACUUGCCCUCCAGCCUCUCGGUAGAGAGACUUGGCUCUCAGUAAUCCCAAAGUUCAUGCUCAAGAAGCUGCACUACCGCGAUCUGGAAGAAAAGAUGGCUCCCACACAAGGCUUCUACACCGGCACACCCAUCGUCAACACCUCUGCCCUCCGUCAUAUCCGUCAAGGCGAAGCCGACUACCAACGUGGCGAUGUUCUCCAUCUCGACGAAGACGGUGUCCAAUUCAACAUCCGCAAGCGUGGUCAAAAGAAGGGUACCGAAGGCAAGAAAGUCCAUUACGACGCAGACAUCAUCGUUGUCGCCACCGGCUUUGAAGUUCCUUCCAUCGACUUCCUCCCACAAGACCUUUUCCCCGAAGACUACGUGCGACCCAACAUGUACCUCCAAGUGUUCCCCAUUCAGGACUGCUCGGUUCUUUGCACCAACGCUACCUUCCGCAAUGCAGUCGGCACCGUCGGACACAUUCAUAUCGGUAUUAUGGCCCGAACACUCAUGUUGUUCUUGAUGGAUAAAUCAACUCGACCCAAACCGCGAGACAUGCGUCUUUGGGUCGAUCUGAUUCGAUUCAUCAAGGAACGAGCUCCAGGUGGCCAGCUCGACUUCUUCACCUACAUGGAACUUUGCAUCUGGCUCGUCUCGUUCUUGUUCUUCCGCAUCAAUAGGUUGUAUUACUUUUUCUUUGUUACUUUCGGUUGGGGGUUCUGGAGUAGGGAGGGGAAAGUGGACAAGUCGGGCAGAUUGGUAGGUGAGCCCAAAUUCCACCUGAGCAUAAGUAAGCUUAUUGGUAAAGGGCCCUCCGCGCAAUUCCUCAAGAAUAACUAA